AUGGUCAACUUUACAGAACUCUUUGGUUUAGAGAGGAUCUUUGUGAAUUCUGGCAGUUUUGGAAUUUAUGAUGGUGAACAGUUCCAAUUUCAAUCCAGUGAUUUUGCUCUGCUCACUGCCAUGAAGGCUUUUUGGCGUUAUGGCCGAGACAUACAUCGACUUUCAAGUUGGAUUAAGGAUAAUGUUUUGCAAAAAUUCAUUCGAAUAUAUGACCACCAAAUGAAUGGUUAUGCUUUCACCACCGUAAAAGACUUGUUGUUAUCUAUGGACCCCUUCAUUGCCAACUUGACCACUCGACCACUUCGAGAAGUACUUGAGGAGGAAGGAUUCUCAGAACGCUUCAUCAAAGAACUGGUAACUGUUGCCGUCAGGACAAACUAUGGCCAAAAUACAAAUAUCCAUGCAUUCGUAGGUGCUGUUUCUUUGGCUGGUGCACAGGAAUCUCUGUGGGCAGUGAACGGUGGUAACAAAUUGGUUGCCAAAGGACUCUUAGAAAAAUCCAAGGCCCGACUGAUUCGAGCCAAAGUCACAAAGAUAGUUCUCCUCAAAGAAUCUAAUUCCAUUCAGUAUGAAUUAGAAUAUAAACUGAACAAUGGCAGGACUGAAGAUGAUGAUUCUUCACAGAGCUCGAUAUAUGAUAUCGUUGUUGUGGCUGUACCCUUGAAUAAGAAAAAUACAGAUUUAAAAUUUGAAGACUUUAGUUCAGCACUUCAUUCUUUCACACAACCUUUCCAGAGGACAGUGACCAGUCUUCUCAAAGGACAAAUCAACGCUUCAUUUUUUCACUCUGAACAAGAAACGGAUUUGCCCACCAGCAUCUUCAUCAACAAGGAACCCUAUUUUAUUAACUCUAUUUGUAAAUUGUCCAAAGAUGUUUGGAAAGUUUUCUCACAGGAUCUCCUGACAGAGGCUGAGAAGGAUCUGUUGUUUAAAAAAAUUUAUGAGACUGUUAUUUACGAUUGGCAGGCAUACCCAGAAUAUUCGUCUUCACAGUCAUUACCUUCUUUUCUACUUUAUGACCAGCUUUAUUAUGUGAAUGCUAUUGAAAGUGCUGCCUCGGCAAUGGAGAUGAGCAUCAUUGGAGCCCGCAAUGUGGCAUUACUAGCACAUAAUCACUGGCAUAGUCUUCUUGAUUUCAUUGAUGAGACGCCAGCAAUGUACUCGGAUGCUGACAAAACCAAAAAGGAAUUAUAA